AAAAUAAAAAUAAAUCAUUUUUUAUUUAUUUAUUUAUUUUUUUAAAUAUUCACUAAAAUAUAAAAGUAAAUACUAAACCUAAUACCCUUUGCCUUCCGCCUCCCUCACCAUCUUUCUCUCUCGCUACCUGAUCUGCUAACCAGUCAGGCAACCAUCAACUGCCAUUGACGGAGACAGGAAUAGAGCUCUAUCUCUUUGUUUCUCUCUCUCUCUCUCACAAGCUUUCUCUUACACAAUAAUAAAUAUAUAAUAUCUUUCCCAAACAAACAUGAACAAACCAGAUAAUAAAGAACUCAUUUUUAUUCCGUUACCGUCCGGAAUAGGAAACGUUAUACCGAUGGUGGAGACGGCCAAAACCCUAGCCAACCAUCACCGAAGUCUCUCCAUCACAGUCCUCAUCACCACUCUAACUUCAAUCUCCGUGCCAGAGCUCGCUGCCUACACCGAAAACCUCUUCGCCGCCGCACCGGAAUCAUCACAGCGAAUCAAGUUCAUCGAUCUUUCCAAGCAAGACGGCUACGACUCCUCCGCCGAGACCGAUCCCGGCAUGUUGGAGAGUCUCUUCAUCGAAACACAAAAGCCUCUAGUCAGAUCCGUCGUGGCCGAGUUAACGCGGUCAACUCAGGUCGCCGGAUUCGUCGUCGAUAUGUUCUGUACGGCGAUGAUGGACGUGGCUGACGAGUUUGGGGUUCCUAGUUACGUUUUCUACGCUUCUGGGGCUGCUUAUCUCGGUCUCCUCUUCCAUUUCCAAGCUCUCCGCGACGAAAAUGGCGUCGAUCCCACUGAGUUCGCGAACGAUUCCGUCACUGAGUUCGCCGUACCGAGUUUCCUUCAGUCGGUUCCUGCCACGUCAUUACCGGAAGUUUUAGUGUUGAAAGAUUGGGCUCCUUUGCUAUUAGAUCACACCAAAAGAACUAGAGAAGCCAAGGGUAUAAUUGUAAAUUCAUUCACCGAGCUUGAAUCUCACGCGCUCAAAGCUCUUUCAACCGAUAGUAAAAUUCCACCUUUCUAUCCCGUGGGACCCGUUAUUAGAUUCUCUUCACUGUGUGGGACCACCGAGUUUGCUGACGUCAGCAAGUGGUUGGACGCUCAACCUUCUUCUUCGGUAGUGUUCUUGUGUUUCGGGAGCAUGGGAAGCUUCCGUGAGGCUCAGCUGAAAGAGAUCGCCCGUGCGCUGGACCACAGUGGAGUUAGAUUCUUGUGGUCCCUACGUAAGUCUCCGCCGGACACGUGUUCUAAUCCGAGAGAUUUUCUUCCUUCAGAGUUUUUCGAUCGGACGGUCGAGAGAGGAAAAGUGACAGGGUGGGUCCCGCAGCCGAAUGUGUUGGCCCACCCCGCAAUCGGAGGAUUCGUGUCGCAUUGUGGUUGGAACUCGAUACUAGAGAGUAUAUGGUUCGGAGUACCGGUUGCCACGUGGCCAGUUUAUUCGGAGCAACAUUUGAAUGCUUUUCAAUUGGUGAAGGAGUUAGGAUUAGCGGUUGAGAUUAAAUUGGAUUACAAGAGCUAUUUCUAUAGGGAAUUGAGUGAUGAAGAGUGUGUUGUGAGAGGUGAAGUGAUUGAGGGUGGGAUCAGAUGUUUGAUGGAGCAGGGUAGUGAAAUAAGGAAGAGGGUAAAAGAUUUGAGUGAGAAGAGUAAGAUGGCAAUUUUGAAAGGUGGGUCAAGUUACUCUUUUAUGGAUCGUUUUAUCAAUGAUGUGAUUGAAAAUUGUACAUGAUCUAUGAAUAUUUGGAAUAUAUAUGUAGGAGAAAUGGUUAAAUGAUUUUUAUGUUGUAUUA